AUGUCAUUCUUCCGACGAAAGAAGGACGAGCCUCUCAUCCCACCUGUCGCUCCACCCGCCGGUGCCUCCGCACCACGAGCCGACCCCUACGCCCAAGCACCCUCCAAUUCCAAUCGGUAUGGUGGUGCAGGGGGUGGUGAUCCCUAUACUAGAUCUAAACCAGCCGCAGGUGAUGAUAACCCAUAUGCCAAAGCGACGGAUCAUAAUGAUGCAGCGCGAAAUGAGCUGUUCUCUGGAUUUAGUGCUCCCGAGAAACCCAAACCGGAAAGGAAAUAUGGAUACGAGGGGAGAGAGAUGGAAGAGGAUUUCGAUGAGGAUGAGGAAGUCGAAGGUAUCAAGCAGGAGAUGAGGGGGAUCAAACAGGAAAGUUUGGCUAGUACCAGGAACGCUCUGCGACUCGCUAGAGAGGCUGAGGAGAACGCCAGAGGAACGGUUGCCAAACUUGCUGAUCAAUCAGAACGUAUCGCCAAUUCUGAAAGAUACCUCGAUAUGGCGAAAGCCAAUAACCAGCGAGCUGAAGAUAAAGCUGAGGAGCUGAAGAAGCUCAACAGAAGUAUCUUCCGUCCUGCUGUGACUUGGAACAAGGAUGCCAAGCGACAAGCCGAAGAAGACAAGAUCAACGAGCGACACGCGAUGGAAAGACACGACCGCGCUAAAGCUCUGAAUGACGUGACGGACACAAGGAGGAGAUUGGGUAAUGCAGCUAAUCCAUCGCCUUAUGGAAGUGGAUAUGAGAGAGAACCCUUACCUGGAGAACAAAAAGCUAAGAAGGAAUCGAGAUCGAGAUACCAAUUCGAUGCGACUGCCUCGGAUGACGAGUUGGAGGAUGAACUGGAUGAUAAUCUCAAUGAGACUUAUGAGGUCACCAAGAGGUUGAAGAAUCUAGCUACGGCUAUGGGAGAUGAAGUGACGGGACAAAACCAACGAUUGACUAGAGUCACUGAUAAGACUGAGAACCUCGAGUUUGCGGUUAUGAAGAAUACAGAGAGAUUGAAGAGGAUUAGAUAG